AUGCCCACAGCUCUCGAUCAGUCGCUCCUUGCGUCCUUGAAGGCUGAGCAGUUCUCGACGCUCUCGUCUUCGGGCGCUCAGAACAGCACAGGAAACUCUACGGUGCAUUGCGACGCCAAGUGCAUGCAAGCCAGGGCGGUUGUGCAGGCAAGGAUGAAGAGGCUUCAAGAUGACAUCGACAACGAUUUCCAGAACAUGAUAAAGUACGGUGAGAACGCAGUGUACGUUCCGCCACCUCGCUCUGUGGAGCAGCAGGUGAUGGAUGGGAGCUUGUUCAGGAGAAAGGACGAUGACGGGCCUCCGCCUCCUGUCUUCAACGACGAUUCAUUGAUACGGCAAAUUCCUGACUCGUCGAACCCCAAGUUGAGCUCGGCACAAGUGGAGGCCAACGAGAAGAACUUAGAGAAGACGCUUCCAACAGCCAAUGACCUGCUGAAAACGAUUCAAGACCAGGAGAAGGACGCACAUACGAACGGUUCCUUCCUUGUCAAUGCUGCAUUGUCGUGUACUAACUCAGUUGUUCAAGUCAUGCAAGAUGCCAUGGAGGGAGCUAAAGGAAACUCGGUUGUUGCUUCUCCUUCGACCAAGCAAAGUUCUAUUGCUGCCUCGUUCCCACAGGUCAUCUCUUCCUCGCCCUCUUUAUCGGAGCCCAAGAGUACAGAAGAGGCCAAGGCCAACCCUACAAGUAGCGCAACGAGCGCGAGUGAUACAAGUAGCGACACGAGUGCGUGGGCGAAAGCUUUCUCGUUCAUGAAGCCCAAAGGAGGGUCUGGGAGCACGACCGGAGACACGAAGGACCCGCUCAAGAGCGAUGGAUUCCUGUCUGGAAUCUUCAACUGA